AUGGCGGCAGACUUCGAAGGCUACGAGAGGGCCUACCGGCUGCGCUCGUCCGCGGACGACGAGCUCCUCGCCCAGGAGACGGCGCGAACGUAUUUUCCCCACUUGACCUCGUCCACGUGCGAGCGCCUGACGCGGGAGCCGGAGGCGCUGCGGCAGGAGAAGGCGAGGUGCGAGCGGGAGAUGGAGCAGCUCGCGGUGAAGAACUACGGGGCCUUCAUCGGCAGCGCGAAGGUCACGCAGUCUGUCCGCGGGGAGCUGGGGGCCGUGCAGCGGCAUCUGGACAGCGUGAUAGAGACGAUCGGGCCGAUGCAGACGGCAAUCCAGGAGUUUCAGGAAGCGUCGGCAGGCCUCGGCGCGCGACGCACGGCUCUGAGGAGCGUGCUGCAGCAGCACAGCGGACUGCUGGAGCUCCUUGAGCUUCCUCAGCUGUUGGACGCGUGCAUCAGGAACCACAUGUACGACGAGUCGCUAGAGCUCCUCGCCUACUGCAGCAACAUCUUCCGGGUGCACGAGUCGCGGACCGAGGACAUCGCUGUGCUCACCAUGUUGCGGGACCAGGUGGCGGUCCAGCGUGCCAACCUCCAUGGAUCACUGGUCGCCCAGCUGAAAACCGACAUCCACCUUCCAGCCUGCGUCCGCGUGAUCGGCUUCCUCCGGAGGAUGCAGCGUCACACCGAGAAAGAGCUCCGUGCGCUCUUCAUCGAGCAUAGAGGAAGCUUCCUGGAGGGCCACAAGCAGCAGGUCGAACUCCUGCGCGGCAACCGCGGCAGCGUCGUGACGGCGCUGCGAAACGCAGCGGACGUACUCCGCACGCACGCGUAUGACAUUGGCACCCAGUACAAGGCUCUCUUCCCACAGGACGACGCCCCGCUGGGGGCGUGGCUCGGCGAGCAAAUCGCCUGGCUCACUGGCCUGCUGAGCUGCCACCUGCUGCCCGCUGGCGGUGGGGAGGCUGGCGCGGGCGCAGUCGGCAGGGCCAGCGCGGCCGCGGGGGCCCGCGGGCCAGCGGCUGCUGGCGCGAGGAUCGAUGCGGCCUCCAUCGCCACGGUGCUGAAGCAGUGCCUCGUCGCCUCCAGCACGCUGAAGCGGCUGGGCGGCCACUUCUUCCCCGCCGUGGCCGGCAUCUUCGAGGCCCGCAUGGAGCGGCACGUGUCGGAGAUGCUCGACAUCGCCGUCCUCACGUUCCAGGCCGAGCUCGGGCGAUAUGACUGGGUCCCCUCGACCGCCAUCGCGAGCAGCGCGGCCUCCACCGCCGCCGGGGCGCCGGGCGCGGCCGGCGCCCCCGGGUGGCUCCACCCGCAGGCGCUGGAGCUGACCAGGCACAGGCCCCUCGCCGUCUUCACCAACGACCUCGUGCAGGUGUUCAACGAGCUCCGGCAGUGCGCGCUGUACGGCCUGCGGGUGCCGGUGCUCGCCGCGUGCUUCGAGUGCCUGGCCGCCGCCGUGAGCCUGCUGCGCGCCGCCAAGGGGUCCCAGGCAGCCCUGCUCGGGUCUGCCGCUUCGCCCAAGGCCGCCGAGUUCACGCGCAUGUGCCGGCACCUCGCGCACAUCCUGGCCCCCCUGGUGGCGGCGCACGUCGAGGCGCUCUUCGGCACCUCGGCCCGGCUGGACGUGGCCGCCCUCGCCGCCAGCAUGGUGCCCGACCUGAUCCCCGCCGCGGAGGCCGAGCUCCCGGCCACCGGCUUCGCGGAGCCGCCGGCGGAGGCACCAGCCGACCCCACACCAGCCGACCCCGCGCCGGCCGACCCCGUGGCGGCUGUGGCAGCGGAGCCGCAGCUGGAGGCGGACAGGCGGCAGCUCCACCGCCCCAGCCUCAGCCCGCCGUCAGCGCCGCCGGCCCAGCGCCAUCGGAGGGCGCCGCAACCGCGGAGGACAACGCGGAGGGGUGAGGGCCGCAGCGCCGGGCGCGGCCCGCCGGGCCCGGGCAUCCGGCGUGUCGUUCGGAGCCGGACGUCUCGGAGCGGGGUCCGCCUGCAGCUCCUCCGGCGGCGGCGGCCACUGGCGGCGCAGCUCGGCUUUGCGCCGGCAGAGGGCCGGGAGGGUUAAAACCGGGGCCGCCUGCGCCCGCCAAAACUCAGGAG